UUGUGAUAGCCCUGCCUCCGAAACUGCGAUGAUGGCACAGGAAGACGAACUGGAAGAUGAGUGUUGGGUCACCGUCAUUGUCUUUAACCGACAUCAGAAGAAAUGUCUUCUCGUCAGAGAUGAGCAAGAGAAAUGUGAGUGGUGGUUGCCUCAUGAGAAAUUGGCUGUAGAUUCGGCGAGUUUCGUCAAAACGGCAGGUGCCUUAUUACAGGACCUACCGGUGCAGGCAACAUUGGAAAGUGUGUUGAAGGUCACCUUCUCGGUUGUGAAUAAACCAGACUUUCAGAGGGAACUCAGAAAGAAGAGGAUCUUUGUUAUCAGUCUUCUUGCUUCAGUUGAAAACACAGAUGAUGUACAAGCUGUCCCACUAUCCCCCACCAAUGAUGCAAAGUGUGCACAGAAGUGGGCGACCUUAGAGGAAGUGAAAAGCCUCGUAUUGAACGGUGACCUCCGGGGAAGGGAACCUUUGGAACUCAUGGAGGUCAUAGAGAAAGGAAUGGAAUAUCCACUGUCAUUACUCAAGGAAAGGAGCUUACUUCAACUCUCUAAUGAUAAAGAGAGUGGUACUCACCAUCAUUCAGGGACAAUGUCUGCAUUCAAGCAGAUGUUAGAAGCUGUCAAGUUUGGCCCAGAAGAACAGAGCUACCUCCUAGCUGUGUACUGUGAGCGGUGUUCCCCUUGUCAGUCUAUGAGCCAAGCAGUCUUUACAGAGUAUAUGUGUGAGAAGGGACUCCCACCAGUCUCUGGUCCAAAUCUAUUCAGGGCUUUCGAUUCAAAGAGACAAGGUUACCUAGAUCCUGAAGACUUCAUCAAUGGUCUUGCGGCCAUGCAACCCUCUGCACCCCACGGAGGCCUUCCUGCAGAGCUGCGAUGUCGCUACAUCUUCAGGUACUAUGACCAAAACAGGCAUGGCAAGAUGGAGUUUACAGGAUUCAAACAGAUGGUAUCGGAUAUCAGACAACUCAAGGGUCAGCCUAUUGAUCCAAAGACACUUCAGAAAGAAGCAGAGACUUUAGCAAAGGUGUUUGGUAAUGAGCAUAAAGUGUCACUCACCCUGAUGGACUUCUUGAGUGCUGUUGGUCAGCUCAAAUUCCGAGGAACCUCAGCCUUGUUCCGGCUUCCUCAGUCCAGUAUACCAGAUAAAUGGGGCUUUGCUGCAGAUGAGUCUCCUUCUGAGUCUGGAGAGGAGAGUGGCGGUGAGAAGAGUCAGUCAGUCAAGAAACAGAAGAGAACUCACAGUGUUAGCAUGAAGUUUGGUAGCCAGCCAAGUGAUUUGUGUGCAUCUGGUGACAGUGAGACCGAUUCUGUAGCAGCCAUUUUCAAAUCUCCGGAGGUCAAAAGGUCAAUAGGUCAAGAGUAUGAGCUAGCGACGCAUGCUGUCAAGGUCAAGAGAAGCGGGACGCUUGCGGACGUCAGAACAUUAUGGGAACUAGCAGAUACCGGAGCUGUCUCGAACAGCGUAGGACCUCAUCUUGACGGCGACAAGAAUAGGAUGCAGAGAAUAUCGUCAGUGGACUCAUUUAACCAGAGAUCCCAUCCCAACGAGAUGCUGACAGGUCUUCGUUACUUUGAGCGUUCCGUCAAAGGCAGUCCUGUUGUUGAUGGUGGUGGUGACGGGGAGACCAAUGCGGGCAGGGCCAAUGCAGCCCCCAUCAAGGCUAAGGACAACUUCAGCUGGGGGACGGUGGAGAUGCUGUCCCUGGCCAAGUGUCUGCUAGCCCUGUGUCGGGAGGCUCAGAGGGUACUAGCCAAUGAACCUAGACUUAUCAAACUGAAUGCACCAACAUAUAUCUUAGGUGAUCUCCAUGGUAACUUCCAUGAUCUGGUCUGUUUUGAGAAGGCUCUCUGGAGGAUGGGGCCUCUCCUGACGCCCUGCUCGUUCCUGUUUCUCGGUGACUACGUAGACAGAGGGGAACAUGGCGUAGAGGUGAUAGCGUAUCUCUUUUCUCAGAAGAUACUUGCUCCGGAUAAGUUCUUCAUGAUCAGAGGCAACCACGAGCUGAGGCCUGUGCAAAAGAUGUUCCAUUUUGAAGCGGAGUGUACUCAGAAGUUUGGAGCUACCAUAGGUCAGCAGGUUUGGGAGGCGAUCAACUGUUGCUUUGAUGCCAUGCCGAUAGCUGCUGUAGUAGAUAACAAGAUAUUUUGUACGCAUGGAGGAGUACCGAACUCUGAGGGCGGUGUUUGCUCGUUAGCUGAAAUCAACAAGAUACCGGUUCCUCUCAAAGAUCCUGAGAACGAGAGUCAGCUGGCAUGGGAACUCAUGUGGAAUGAUCCUCUCAAGAGAGAGUUCUUGGAUGAGAAUCAGAUGUCAGAGAUAAAAUCCAACAAUGGCUUCGUGUUUAACAGUCGUCGCGGAACAGGUCACAUGUUCAGCUGUGAUGCUCUUGAGAGGUUCCUGCAGGUCAACAAUCUUUCCCAUGUGAUACGAGCGCAUGAAGUACAGCAAGCAGGAUUCCAGGUUCAGCAGAAAGGCAAACUACUGACUGUUUUUUCAUCGUCGCAUUACUGUGGAGGUUCGAACGAGGCAGCGUGUAUCUUGGUUGACAGACACAAGCUAAGAACAAUAAGACUCGAUACAUCAUGAUAGAGACAAUCUAUGGACUAUAGAGUACAAUUUUUGUUGUGAGCCUAUGCUAUGUGGACUGGAAAGCAUGAUGCCUUGUGAUCCUGAUACAGGUGUGUAAGAGUAAGAUGCAACAGUCAGGCUUGAUACAUUUUGAAAGAAAGAAGCAAUGGACUAUAAAGUAAGAUUCUUUGUUAUAAGCCCAUCCUAUAUGGAGUAGGUAAUUGGUGCUUCAAAUGUGAGCCUGGUAAGCGCAAAAUUUGAUGUCAGGCUUGAUCGAUACAUCACGAAAGACACAACCUAUAGGCUGUAAAUUAUGAUACUUUGUUAUAUAAGUCCAUGCUAUUACUUUUUAGAAUUUCUCAAUUUGAACUUCAUUUUCCAAAAGAGCAUUGUAAUGUUAUAUGAACCAGAGCAAAAUAACACUGAGUUCCUAGAGGAAAUCUAUUUAUUCAGAUGGUCAUAUCUCAGCCAAUACUUAACAUAUUCAAUUGGUUUUUGACAUUUUGACAUUAUUUUUGAUGCUCUUUCGGAAAGUGAAGUUAAAAUUGAUAAAUUAUAAAAAUAGUUUGUUGAUGACGUCACACAUCACCACUCUAUAUGGGCUAGAAAGCUUGAUGCAUUGUGAGGGGUGCAAACUGGGAUCCUAAUGAGAGCAAGAUCGAUGCAACAAUAAUAAAGGCUUGAAACGUUAUGAAUGACAUUAGCUACGGACUAAAGGUUGAAUUUAUGAUGAUCCCAAGUUAGGAUCUAGAAAACCCGUUACCGGUAUAUCAUGUGGUAGGCACAAACCAUAAUCUUGAAAAGUGCAAGAUGCAACAAGACGGCUUGAGACAUUAUGAAGGAAUCAAGUUCUGGGCCCCUUUUCCUGAAAAUUGUUAUCAUGAACAACUACCACAGAUCUAUGACAAAUAUGCUUUUACCCAAUCAAUUGUAAGGAUAUCAGUAGGUUAUCGCAAUCAUUGUAUCUUCUUAUUGAUAGCCCAAGUUAAGAAAUAGAGAGGCAUCCCGACCUUCUUUGUCAAAACUAUGCAGUCCUGAGACUACAGUUGACAUCCAGAACUCAAAUCCUCCCCAUCUUUCUCAUUCUCUGUUUUCAUUGUUGAACAAGAAUGUCUUGCAGAUGCACAUGUUCGUCAACAUUUGAAUGGCUACUUCAUCUAUUUUUGCAAUUUUCUCAAGCAAACCUUCUAAUGGUUAAAUGAAUGUGCCCUUCCAAGCAAGAUGGAUGGUUCAAAACUUGAUCCUAAUUGAUUCUGAUAGACUAUAAAUUUAUCUUUAAUUUGAAAUAUAUUUAAUUAUAUUUUAUUGAUUGUUUAUAUAAACAAUUUUGAGGUACAAUAAAGAGUGUCCCCCUUUUUGGGGUAUCUUUUAUUGCUGAGUGUAUUUACUCGGCGCUUGGAGUAAACCAACACCAUACAUUUACUGUAAUAGGGAGUUGCUUUUCCCAAUCAAAUGGUUUAAUGGAUGUGCCCAUCCGAGCAAGAUCGAUGGUUCGAAACUUGAUUCUAAUUGAUUUUGAUAGAGUAUAAAUUAUCUUUAAUUUGAAAUAUAUUUAAUUCUAUUUUAUUGAUUGUUUAUAUGAAAAAUUUUGAACACUAAAGAGUGUCCCCCCUUUUUUUUUUUUUUUUUGUUGCCGAGUGUAUUGACGCGCUUGGAGUAAACCUUAGGGAGUUGCCCAUUUUGAAUGGUCUAUUUGUUACUACACUACAUGUAGUUUAAAAAACACUAUCCAUGUUGGUGUGAAGCUGAAUGGCAUUAAUAUUUCAAAUAUGCGGUAAAAAGUAUGGUAACACCAAGAAGUCUAUUAUUAGAGUUGUAACAUUUUUUUAACAUGAUUAUUUAACUACAGUGUGUUUAGAUGUUUUUAAUUACUUUUAUAUGUGAUUAUAAAAAAAUAUAUCAUGACAGUCUUAAUAUUUUAGUCUUAAUAUUUAGACUGACAUUUAAUUAUUGUUGAAGAUUGUUGAAAUGUUAUGUAACUAUUACAUACAUGUAGAUCAUUGUCACCCUUUCCAAAAUCUUUUUUUUUUGUAAAAAAGGAUGUGCAAUAUUACUUAAAACUAUUGUUUGUUCCUUUUAUAGUCUUGGGAGAUUUUGAAAUAUACCUUUUCAGUUAUUUGCUUAUUUAUAUGUACAUUUUGUUUGAAAGUUAGUUGAAAAGAAUUUAUUUUGAUAUUUAGCCGAGCUGAUUAUUCUUUAGUGUUCAUGUGGUAUAUGCGCAUCAGUUUUAUUAUAUUUUAUGACUUUGAAAUCCUGUUUUGACAACAUACAUGUAAUUCGUUUUUAUCGAGCCAGGGGGCUAUUAACAAAUUGCCUACUGGAACCAAGCUACCCUGUAUAAAGCUUAUGGUAAUAAAUGAAUUCAGUAGUCAGCGGGUUACCUCUGUGUAAAAUGACAUGAGUUAACACCCUCCUGGCUCCAAAGAGACAACA